CUCAGAAAUGCACGAAAUCUUCUUCGUUGUGUUUAUCUCGUCAAUCUCAUCGUUCCGAUCUCUUUCUCUUUUUUCGACGUCUUAAUAUCUUCAGACUCGUCACUGCUCGAGAGCAGCCAUUGAUUCGGAUAGUUUCAGUUACGAACUAAGUAGAAAGUACGAAAAGACGCAACAGUAAAUGCUUGGGAUAUCAGUUGAUCAAACUCCAAUUGUAAAAACGAGACUAGAUAAACUGGUGAUUUUGAAAUAUUCCUGAGGCGUGCUUGUGAAAUACACAGAGAUCUUUCUAAUAUAUUCAAUUUCGUCUGUUACGUAUGGAACUGUAUUCAUUGAUAUGAACGGAUAGAGAAAAAAAUUGCCACUGAUAGUACGUUGGCGACAACAAAACAAAAUAUUUCGGGGAGGCGCUGUAACCUACAAAGCUGGGGAUCGAAAUUUGCCGUUUUACUAUCAAUCAUCAAUCAUAUUUAAAAUAAUGCCGUCGCCAACACUGUUAGCAUGGUGCACUACACCCAUAAGUUCACUGCAGCAAUCCGUGCAGGAACUUCUCAACAGAUACAUGAAACGAGGAUUCCAAGUGCCAUCCCAAGUUUUAGAGAUACAAGGGCUGAGCGGGAAGACACCCGGCGAUAAGUGGAAAAGUCUCAACGCAAUCGUGAACGGGAUCGUGGAAAGCGUAAAAAAUGGCGAUGAGCUGGAGGGUCAGUUGAGCGCGUUAACGCCGUCGCUGUUGAAUCUCGUGAAGACGAACGUCGGAGUGAAAUUACAGCUGAGCCAUUACAUCGUUGAGUCUCUGAAAUCGGAGGACGUGAGCGUCAAUAAAAGGGCACUGAGCGCUCGCUGGUAUUUCCACGGUGGCAAUCCACGCGUCACCGUCGACCACUUCGUCAACGAUAUUUUGCCGUUCGUAUCGGUGCGAACGAGGUUAAACAUCGUGAAACGAUUGGCUCGCGGCCUUCGAGGAUACGAAGCCAAAGCUCAACAGUUCUUCACCCAACUGGUCGAACUUUACGGCGUUCAAACAACCUUGCCGAUCUUAAUAGCCUGCUCGGACGAUGUCAUCCUCGACACGAUUUUGCGCUACAAAAUCGUCCUCCCGCUUAAAAUCCUGAAAAUGUUGUUCUCAAGAGGCUCGCACGACGUUGCCGUCCGCUACCUGCGAUUGAGCAACGGGAACGGAGCGGAAGGCGACGACAACGGCACCCAUCAGAUCAGCAUUCACUACUACGAUGCCUUCUUACCAAAGUUGAUCACGCAUCACCCGCGAGACUUUGUCGCGCUCUACUCAUUGACGCCCGAGAAGAUGCUGCCGACUUUGAGCCGUCGGAAAACGGCCUGCCUACUGGAGAAGGUGAAAGACGCGAUUAUCGACAGAUCCGAUAUAUUCCUGAAAUUGCUUCAGCCGAAAGUCGUCAAAGCGAAGCUUAGCCAGGAGGACAUCGAAAGGAUGUUGGAGAACUACUUACCGAACGAUAUUGCGGAUUUCGUGUUGGGCGCGGCUCUAGAUUUUGUAGACAACUACUGCGACGACAUUCAAAUACUAAUGCGUAAGUUUGUGAAAAAGUACGGUAAGAAUUUAGUCGACCAUGCUCGAAACAUCGCCGAACCCGGCAACAUAAUUUCCGAGCAGCCGAGUCUGAAAUUUCUCUGUAAGCUGUCCAUGGCGGAGCGCAAAAUUCAGAUAAAUUUAUUGCUGGAUAAUUUAAGUAGCGAGAACGACUUCUGGAGAACCUGGCUAAUGAGUUACUUGCCUACAGACGAGUCGUUGCCGUACUUUAAGGAGAAAAUGGCCAAAUGUUUUAACGCCGACGACCGAGAUCUGUUGAUCGGCUGCAUGGUCCAUUCCUGCAGGGUGCAAAACAGUAAGAGCGACCUAUUGAACGUUCUCAAGUACUUCCGAGACAGGCACAAAAACGCUAAGCACGACUUCGUGAUGAGUUUUUUUAUAUAUCUGACGACCCACUUUACCUUAAGCGAGCUCGACGAGGCGCAUUGGUCCGUUGUGCGAGAAAUCUUGAACAAUGCUCGCGUGAUAAAUCAGCUGCUUCACAAAAAUUUAUCAUUGUGGAAUGACGUGCUGGAAGGGAUGUUGUGUCACAUCAUGACUGGCAAAAAGAGAAACGAUCAACACCUGGAGGAGGUGAUAGACACGAUGGUCUUUUGUAAAAUGGGGCAUCCUUUGGAUAGUUGGAACGUACUUGGUGUCGACUUGGCACUGGAAAAGGAAUGCAUGGAGAGGUUUUUCCUUCUCGUGCCCAUUAAGUAUCCCGAGAACCACUCGAUGUGGUCGAAUAUAUACUACAAGCUGACUGUCACCCUGAGCUUGUUCAAGUCGAUCAAGAGCUACAACGAUCGAAGCACAAAGGCGAAGAUGGCGAGAAUCGAACCGAAGGACUAUCCCUGGAUGACGAAUCUCGCGGGCGAGCUUCUCUCUCAUUCCACUCUCGACAGCGCGCAAAUUCGCUUGGAGCUGCUCGCCAGGCUCUUCAAGGAGCAAGCCCCGGACCUGUACGAGCAGAAGAUGUCCGAGUGUUCGGCGAUCCGGAACAUCGACAAGGGCGACGCCAUUGAGCUGCUGAAGCGUCACCCGGACAAGGUGCUGGCCGACUGGCUGGAUUACCUGAACCAGGCCCGCAAAAUAAUCCGGUCGAAAAAGCGAGUGGGCAUCGACAAGGUCCGCGAGAAGCUGCGAGCGCGACGCUUCAUCGCCGCCACGAGGUGGCACGACCAGCUGCCGAUGAACUUCAUCGAGGCCUGCCUGUCGGACAUCAAAGUCGAGGGCAGCCUGGCCGUCCUGGGGAUUCUGCUGCCCGGCGACGCCUUCGCCACGAUCGUCAAGGUGUACGCGCCCAAGCAGGCCGAGGUCAAGACGAAGCAGUCGUUCGACAUGGCGAUCGAGGCUCUGGAGGGCAUGAAGCUGACGAACCCGCCGGUGCCUCUGGCGAGCCUGCAGGCGUUCUGCCGCGGUGACUACCUGCGCAUCGCCGACGGCGCGCUGUCGAGCCUCGCGCCGCGCGUGAGCGUCGCCGGCGCGCUGGACUUGGUCGGCAAGCUCGCGGGCCAGCAGCAACCCCCGCUGCUGAAACGCGCCCUGCUCCUGGCCAGGACCGUGGCGACCAAGCAGAGGUUCCGCGAGCUCCUCGUCGAAACCUUGGCGGGCUCGAGCGAACUGUCCAUCAGGAGGCACCUCGCCAAAAUGAUCUUCGGUCACUUGGCCACGUCGUCGCCGCACGAGGCCAACUGCCAGCUCAUGCUCGACUGCCUGCGCAGACUGACGCCCGACGACGUUGUCGUCAUGUCGGAGCUGAACGAGGUCGAGACGAUCCCCGUCCAGUUCCUGCCGGAUUACGCCGCGGCGUACUUGGCCAAAGUCGAGGAGAUAUUCGCGGCAACGUGGGACUUUCAGUGGAGGUCCAAGUGCGUGUGCCUGCUGGUCGAGAGCUUCGACGAGAGGCUCACGCGCCACUUGCCCGAGCGCCUGUGCAAGCUGAUCCUGAACAAGUACUUCUUCGACUCCGACUGCACAAACAUCUCGAAUGCCGUGAGAACGUUCGCCGUACGCUACUAUCUGCUGGCUUGCGCCGACCACGAAUUCGGAUCGAGGCUGACUCUGCUGGUGAACAUUCUGAAAAAGACCGCCGAGGGCUUCGACGUGUCGCAUCCGAAGAAACGGCGCUGCUACCCGGCGAACUACACCAUCCAACAGUUUUUCAAUGGCUUGCUGAGCGAGCUCUGCGCCAGCGACGUCGCCGCUGACAAGAAACUGCGCAUUGUCGAGAGCGUCUCGGAAAUAUUCAAGAUGAAUUUGUCGCCUUGGCAGGAACCCAAGUCUUACGUGUGUCUCAACCUCUACAAAGAGUAUCUGCACUCGACGUCGCCGGAGAACUUUGGAAAUCGCACUGGCAAGCAGAUCAGCACUCUGAUCGAAGAGCUGGAAUCGAAUAUCCCCGUUGCCAUGAUCGCCGAAUGCCUCGAUAAGUUUGUCAGCUUCAAUCAGAUAUUUCGCAACGAUAAAAAUCCUCAUGACCUGAAAAUGUCGUUGAUCAAGGGCCUCCUGCAAGGCGAUGAGUACUACGGUGCUCUCACGUCCAUCAGUUUGCUCGACCUCAAACCGUCCGAUAUCGCCAAAUACGACGAGCGUUACGAUCAACUGAUCAGCACCCUACGUCAAAUGAAAAACUCAUCGAUACAGUACAAUUUGUACCAGCAUCUGAAUCAUCUUCUCGAUUAGUAAUCGCCGUGUUCUAUUCGUCGUAUAUGGCGGUCGAACUACCAGUUUUACUAAGCCGAAUUGAACGAGCGAUCUGGAAAAAACUCUAUCCGCGUGAUUUUUACAAUAAAUCGUCAGAGAUUGCUCUUUCGCAUUUUCUAUGACAAAAGUAUCAUAGCUUAACUGUUAUCCUUAUCUAAAAUCACGAAUGUACCAUCAGCAAUAAAAUUUGCCCAACAAUCAAAAUUUGUUUUCAAGGCAUUUUUCUUUAUCCAACUGGUCAACAAGUGGAAUUGUGUUUGUAUCAUUUUCGUUGUCGAAUUUCAUUUUGCUAAAAAAAUUUACGUAGUUUGUUGCCGAAUAUUUGUUUUUUUUUACUUUAUUGAAGUGUAUCAUAAGACUACCGGAAUUUUUAAUGUUUAUCCGAUAGGAUUUUCAAUGUAAAUAAAUAGUCAGUUACUUGUUGAGCUGCUUUCUCAUGCCUUUCUCUAAAAAGAAAGUUGAUUAUAUUGUAUACCAUAAAUUCAUUCAACUAUGAGAUUGCACAAAAUAGUAUACAAAAGAAUUCAAAAGUGACAACAGCGUUUGAGCAGAACAUUAAUUUUUGUAAGUCGUAGAAGAUGUUAUUGUCGGAAAAUGUACCGAUGGUUUACAAAGGCUGCGAUUAGAAAUGCUCCAAAUAUAUAUACUAUAGUUUCUCCCUCGGUAA